UUAUGGAAUUUGUUUUGCACAACAGAAAAGACACAAAAUUAGCAGCUUCAGAAAUGUACUCAAAACUUGGGGCAAAAUCAACGACAAAUCCAAUCAAAAAUAAUCUCAAACAAAAACAACUACAAAAUUCUCUCAAUUCUUGGCUCUCAUUUUCUUUCACUUUAAAAAAAAUUGGAAUUUGCACCUUAUUUAUUUUAUUUAUUUAUGCACUUAUUUCUUCCUUGAUUGAACGAGAGUACUUUACGGAAAGUAAUAUACCUUCGCAGAGGUAUUUUUGUUUAAUUUUUUCAAAACUGGUUUCCUUUGUUUUUCAAGUGUUUUUAAAAUGA